GAGAGAGAGAGAGAGAGGAGAGGAGUGUGAGCAAAGCAGCAGCUGAGUGAGCAAACACAGCUAGAAACAUUAGGUUAUCUUCCGAGACUAUCAGACAUCGACCUGUCACUUUUACCGCUCAGAGCCCUUCUUCGAGAGCAAACAAGCGAGCGAGCAAAGCAAAGCAAAGCAAAGCGGCAGGAGAAGCAGCGAAAGCGGCGGCAGCAGCAGCAGCAGCAGCAGCGCCCUGGUCUGGUCUGGUCUGCCCGUGAAAAAGAGAAAAAAAAAAACUCCCAAACGCGGUCGUCUCAGCUGGCAUGAGCUAACCUACGACAUGGAAACCAAACCAUUCUUGUCAUUGGGGUUCUUGAAGCCCCAGUGCUCGUUGGCUCCUCCCAUGCAGCGAGGCCGCUCCGGUGAGGCUUGUUCCUGUUUCAGCGGAGUGUGUCCCCUCCAUCAGCGGCGCCUGUCCUCAGAUUCGUCGGGCCAGGUGACCUCCUCGCCCCUGGGCUCACCUACGUCCCACCGUGGUAUGCACCCGUCCCUACUCAGCCCGACGUCCAUGGGGCCCUCCGGCUCCCUCCACUCUCCUAUCAGCACGCUGAGUUCACCGAUGAAUGGCCUGGCCUCGCCCUUCUCUGUCAUCAGCUCGCCCAUGGGGCCCCACUCUAUGAACUCGCCUGGCAUGGGCUACGGCCCCAGCGUUAGCCCCCAGAUGUUCCAGCUGAACUCUCCGAUGAACUCGGUCAGCAGUACGGAGGACAUUAAGCCCCCGCUGGGCCUCAACGGCGUGAUGAAGGUGCCCGCCCAGCCCUCAGGCACGGCCCUGUCACUCACCAAACACAUCUGCGCCAUCUGCGGCGACCGCUCCUCAGGUAAACACUAUGGGGUGUACAGCUGUGAGGGCUGCAAAGGUUUCUUCAAAAGGACCGUCCGCAAAGACCUGACCUACACCUGUCGCGACAACAAGGACUGUGUGAUUGAUAAACGCCAGAGGAACCGCUGUCAGUACUGUCGCUACCAGAAGUGUUUAGCCAUGGGCAUGAAGAGAGAAGUUUUGUUACAUGCAGCCGUUCAGGAGGAGCGCCAGCGAGCCAAGGACAAAAAUGAGAACGAGGUGGAGUCCACCAGCUGCGCCAACGAGGACAUGCCCGUGGAGAAGAUCCUGGAAGCUGAGCAGGCGGUGGAACCCAAAACCGAGACCUACAUCGAGACCAACCUUGGUGUGCCGUCCAACUCGCCCAAUGACCCAGUGACAAAUAUCUGUCAAGCAGCUGACAAACAGCUCUUUACUCUGGUGGAGUGGGCCAAGAGGAUCCCCCACUUCUCCGAGCUGCCGCUGGACGACCAGGUUAUCCUUCUACGAGCAGGUUGGAAUGAACUCCUCAUUGCAUCAUUUUCGCACCGUUCAAUAGCGGUUAAAGACGGGAUUCUGUUGGCGACGGGGCUGCACGUCCACCGCAACAGCGCCCACAGCGCCGGAGUGGGAGCCAUCUUUGACAGAGUGCUCACAGAACUGGUGUCAAAGAUGAGGGACAUGCAGAUGGAUAAGACAGAACUGGGGUGCCUUCGAGCUAUUGUCCUUUUCAACCCAGACUCUAAAGGUCUGUCCAACCCAGGUGAAGUAGAAGCUCUGAGAGAGAAAGUCUAUGCGUCUUUAGAGGCCUACUGCAAACAGAAGUACCCCGAGCAGCCUGGCAGGUUCGCCAAGCUGCUGCUGCGGUUACCAGCGCUGCGCUCCAUCGGGCUCAAGUGUCUGGAGCACUUGUUCUUCUUCAAGCUCAUCGGCGACACGCCCAUCGACACCUUCCUCAUGGAGAUGCUAGAAGCCCCGCAUCAAAUGACAUAAUGGCAGCGAGGGUUGAGCCCUCCUCGCCCUCCCAGCCUCCCCCUCUCAACCCUCCUCGCUCAACAUCGCCCAGCAGCCCUGGAUCGGGAGCAGGGCCCUGUUUUAUUGAAAAAUCCCAACAAUCUCCAACAAGGGACAGAUCACGUGACGACUUUGGAUGGAGAAAACCUUCCCUUCCUUCCCCCCUGUCCCUCCCGCUGUCCCUUUUUAUCCCUCGACUCCCUCUGAUAUGUUUCGAAACAAUGAAUUCAUCAUGUCUAUGGGUCUGUUUUAUACCUUGUAAAAAUAUAUAAAUAAGAAAUAUAUAUAUGAAAAAUCACACAGCAACACGAGUGACAUCAGCGGACUGAAGUGAGGACAGGCAAGAGGACAGAAGAAACGUAUUGAGCCAUCGUUUUGAUCUUUUCGUACAGCUUGACGAGAAAAAAAAAAGAAGCAGAGAUGAUCAGGUUUUAACACCUACAGUUGCAGGUAUAUUCACAAAAAAGCAGCGGUGAUGAUGUCACAUUGGGACACUCAGCGUUGUGAUCGGGACAAUCGCGGACUCUUGGGAGCCUCGGGCUGUUUAGACUCGGACCUGAGCCCUCUCUUGUCUUUCAGGACUGAACUUAACUUCGGGCAGGGACGGUCGGGGGGGUAGAGAACACGUUCGCUUAAAAGAACUCGUCUGUUCCCGCCUGACUCGACUGAACACGUCAGGUCUUGCACUAGCUGUUUUUGAAGUGUGAGCUUUCUGGAGGUGGGUUAACAAGAUUGCAAGUGCUUGGAGAAAGAAAACAACAACAAAAAAAAAAACUCAGGUCUCUGCCCUAAUUCCAACAAAUAGAACCAUGUCUUACUCUACUAGCACUGUGCAACAUUGGGGAGGAUGUCGUAGUAGUCCACUAAUCAGCCCUUCAGUUCAAAUACAGAGAUGGAAGAGCUUGUUCUACACACUCUCUGUUUAAAUUAGCCACAUGCUAGUUUCAUGCUACAUGAUGGGAGCAACUUUUGUCAAACAUUUGGCCUUCAUCGCAACCUUACAGGUGAUCACGACCAACUUGGACGGCUGGAAAGUGAGCGCACAGUCCCGUCUGUAGGGGAAAUAUCAUUGUUUUGCCGGCCUCGGAGCUCCUCCGUCGUCCCUCCCUUCCACCCUCCCCCUGCUUUCUUUAUUUCAUGUGAAUUUCAGCACACCAUGUACACCUCCACACUCAGAAACCCCUCUGCCCAACGCAGCGGGUGUUAACUUUUGCAGAAACACCUCAGAUCUACCUGUAGAGAAAGUUACAACCGUAUACAGUAUUGACGUUAUUUUCAGUUUUUGCAUUUUUAACAACAGCGAUGCACAAUUACCUCUUUUAUCUCCAUCCAUCAGAGCUUCAGUUCUCGGCACUCAUCUAGGCUAAACAGUAUGCAAGAGAAGUGCUCGUCGUUGCAGCAGAGCCAUUUGUUUGUUUAUUUGUUUGUUACUUGGCACUUAACCUCAUGACAGUGGAGUCGGGUUCCUAAACGAAGAGCUGAUGUUGAUGUAACCGACCUCUGAGGUGGAAUUUGGCCCGAGCCCGAUCAGGAAACAGCCCAAUUAUCUUCCUCCUCAGAGGGACGCUCACUCGCUCUCUCUCUCUCUGCACUUCUCUGGACAACCAAGUGUCAUUCAAGUUGAACUGAAAUGUUAAAUAUCUCCAUGUUAUGUAUUAAUAUGCUUUAUGCCCAUAUUCUGCUUUUUUUUUUUUCCUCCUCCUCUCCUUUUUUUCUCUAAAUGCCGCAGCUGCUGCAAAACUAUGCAUCGAGUGCAUUUCCAAAGAUUGUCCACGGAGCGGCUUAAACAGGUCAGAUGUCUUUUAAAGCAGGUGUUGGUGAGGUAUGGGUGCACUGUGGUGUUUUCCUGCACAGGAGCAAAUAUUCUACGGCUUGUUUCGCCCGUUAUUCGGAGAUUCAUUCGAGUUUAUCCACCACUGGCUGAAAGAAACAGCCCUGAUCUGAAAAUGUCUUAUGGAACAGUGGCAGAGUUUAAGGAUACGAUGCGAGAAAAGAGAAUUGAAUUCAAGGAUUUUCUGCCUGUAUCCGAAUCCUCACCACUCGUUCAUAAGCACCUUGACACUAUCGUGACCUGGGAAACAAAAAAAAAAACGACAAACCUGAGCACUGUGUUUUCAUUAUUCCUUGAUAAAGAAACAUGCAAUGUGAGUGAGCGUAUGGAGUCUUGAGCGUGCCACGUGUACAAGCUUUCUGUUUAAUUUUAAUUAAUAAAUAUGAAUUGAAAUUGCAAUAGAAUGAUGCAUAAAAAGUGAACAUUUUCAAUUUAAGACGAAGUGCUAAUACAUGAAGAAUUACUAAGAUAAUUUAAAAACUGAAUCACACAGUACGAACAGCCGACUGUGUCCUGCUACUGAACCAACUCAUUAUUGCUUUUUUUUUAAUAUAUGUAUAAUUAGGUAUAGAAAAUCAAGUCUGACUACGUCUUUAUUUCUUCUGGUGGCACCAUCAAGACUCCAUAAGCGCUGACUUCGACCAAAACAUCUAUGACACGAUGGCCAUAUGUCCAUUUUCUAUCAUUAUGAGGGGCUAGUUUCAUAACGGGGCAUCCACUCGGGGAGGAAAUAUGUAAAUGUCAUUCCACCUCUGUGAAACUGAUCCCAAAUCGCCCACUGAUCUCCUUUCUCUCAUGAUGGAAAAAAAAAAAAAAGAAAGAAAGCAAAGAGCCGGUUCUCACGCCAGCUCGGAAAUGUCAGACGCUGUACACCUCGAGCUCAACUGCACGGUUUACUUUGGGUGAGAGUGAAGUUCGGACAAGAGAAAGCGAGCGAUUCAAGAGCCGCGAGCUCCCUCUAGUGGAAGAGAAGCAGCGCUGCAACAUUACUUGAAUUUUUCUACAAGUAUUUAAUCAAGACAAAAAAAAAAAAAAGAUGGCACUUUUUAACAGCUAGUUAUUGUCAACAAUGUUCCUUUUGGGAUCAGACAGAACCUCAGAGUCUGUGCAUGUUAAAACUGAGAAAAGUAGCAAUAACUUCAAUAUGACCUAUUGGCUAUUUUCAAUGAGGUGGCCUGUAUUAUUAUUAUUAUUACAACCUAUCCAGGUGACAGUAUUGACUGCCAGCUUGAGCUGAGUUUACAGUAUUUAUAUACUUGUUUGCCUGUUAAAACAAACAAAAAAAAAUAGAUUUUCAAGAGAAACUCUUGAUGAAAUUUUUUGUAAGACCAAAAUAUUUCUCUUUUAGAGGCUGAUUUUAAUCACAAAAAGCAGAUAUCAAGCAAUCAAACAGUUGUUUUUCCACUGGUUGACCCAACUUUAAAAGUGAAUAUCCUCCCGUUCUCUCUAGUCUGAUGUCUCCUCCUCUUUAGUUUACUGUGAUUGGUGAGCGCAGGUAUCUAAAGCCAUAACGUGGAUGAUGUGCGAGCUCACUCCCCUGCAGGAAAGGGACAGACAAGGAUGUUGUUGACGAGAUAAAGAAAUGAUCACCCACAUAGAAUGAUUACUUACAUGAAUGCUUUAUAACAUAAAGCUAUAUUUUGUUAAUAUGUAUAUGUGUAUAUAUUUAUAAAUAUAUAUAGACGGAUCUGUUCCUUGACUAUUUCCAACAUUGAACGAGGGAGACAAGUCUUUCAGACCAAACUGUUCCACACCAGGUGUUCUUCAACCCAAGAGUUUUAUGGUGUUUCUUCACCAGUAUCUGAGGGGAUUUUAUUUUAACUUUUUUUUGCAUUUUGACCUUUUUAAAAUGAAUCCUGAUCAACCAGCAGAAUCGCAGCAGCUCUGAACUCAAAAGAACCAGCUUCUCAGCAGUUUAUGGGACCUCAAAAAACUAUGAAAGAGAGAGAAAAAAAAACUAAUGGUUAAGACUUUAAACCCUCCAAAAUGUGUGUUGCUUAGCAAUUAUAUGUUCAAAAAAAUAAGUGUAAUCAGGAAAAGCUGAGCUUGUGACACAAUCACUGCUUUCUUUGUUGCAUUGACAGUAAAAUGUUCGAGUUUAAAAAAAAAAAAAAAGAAAAGAAAAAAAACUUGGAAAAAGAUCUAUUUUUGUACAAAGGUAAUUUUAUCCCUUGCUCAUGUACUCUGUUCUUUCCCUUUUCUUCUGUGGGCUCUUAUAUACGUUGUGGAAAAGCUUAUUGGACGAGAAAAUUUUCAGAUUGAAAAUGUAAGGCGAGAGGAACGGUCGGCUUUGGCACUUUCGGUAACUGUGUCGCCUUUACUUUGCCAUUUUUCAACCUGUCGCUGCAAGACGGGAAUGUCUUCUUUCAUUAUAUUUUUUGUCUAUUUUUAAAGGAGAUGGAAUUUUGUCAUCUGUUCUUUGUGGGUUGUUCUCUGAUGUUCUAUCUUUGAUGGACAGAAAAAAUGGUUAUUAAAAAACUGAAAGUGA